UAAACCUGAGGCCGGGCCCGGCUCCUCCCGGCGUGCUGCGGAGGAACGGAGGAACGGCUGUUGAUCUGCGGUGGGUCCAGGUCCCCGGCUCGUUGGUGGCUCCCGUGCUCCGCUUCUCCGCACUGAGCUGCUGCCUGGUGAAGAGGAAGCCAUGGCGCUCCGAGUCACCAGGAACACAAAAGUCAAUGUUGAGAAUAAGGCGAAGAUCAGUAUGGCAGGCGCGAAGCGCGUGCCUCUGGCCACUGCUGCGGCCUCCAAGCCCGGACUGAGGCCAAGAACAGCUCUCGGGGACAUUGGUAACAAAGUCAGCGAACAACCACAGGCCAAACUGCCUCAGAAAAAGGAAGCAAAACCUUUGGUUCCUGGAAAAGUUAUUGCCAAAAAAAUACCUAAACCUCUGGAAAAGGCACCCGAGCCUGUGCCUGAGCCAGAACCAGAGCCAGAACCUGAGCCCGUGAAAGAAGAAAAACUUUCGCCUGAGCCUAUUUUGGUUGAUACUCCCUCUCCAAGCCCAAUGGAAACAUCUGGAUGUGCCCCUUCAGAAGAAUAUCUGUGUCAGGCAUUCUCUGAUGUAAUUCUUGCAGUGAAUGAUGUGGAUGCAGAAGAUGGAGCUGAUCCAAACCUUUGUAGUGAAUAUGUGAAAGAUAUUUAUGCUUAUCUGAGACAACUUGAGGAAGAGCAAGCAGUCAGACCAAAAUACCUACUGGGUCGUGAAGUCACUGGAAACAUGAGAGCCAUCCUUAUUGACUGGCUAGUACAGGUUCAAAUGAAAUUCAGGUUACUGCAGGAGACCAUGUACAUGACUGUUUCCAUUAUUGAUCGGUUCAUGCAGAAUAACUGUGUGCCCAAGAAGAUGCUGCAGCUGGUUGGUGUCACUGCCAUGUUUAUUGCAAGCAAAUAUGAAGAAAUGUACCCUCCAGAAAUUGGUGACUUUGCCUUUGUGACUGACAACACUUACACUAAGCACCAAAUCAGACAGAUGGAAAUGAAGAUUCUAAGAUCUUUAAAUUUUGGUCUGGGCCGCCCUCUACCCCUGCAUUUCCUUCGGAGAGCAUCUAAGAUUGGAGAGGUUGAUGUGGAGCAACAUACUUUGGCCAAAUACCUGAUGGAACUGACUAUGUUGGACUAUGAUAUGGUGCACUUUCCUCCUUCUCAGAUUGCAGCAGGAGCUUUUUGCUUAGCACUGAAAAUUCUCGAUAACGGUGAAUGGACACCAACUCUACAGCAUUAUCUCUCAUACACUGAAGAAUCCCUUCUAAAUGUUAUGCAACACCUGGCUAAGAAUAUAGUCAUGGUGAAUCGUGGGCUUACAAAACACAUGACUAUCAAGAACAAAUAUGCCACAUCUAAGCAUGCUAAGAUCAGCACUCUGGCACAGCUAAAUUCUGCACUAGUUCAAGAUUUAGCCAAGGCUGUGGCAAAGGUGUGACUUGUAAACAAGAGUUGGAGUACUAUAAUAACUGCAAAUAAAAUUGGCACCAUGUGCCAUCUGUACAUAUUAUAUGUUAUCUUUACUUACUUUUAAUAAAGUUUGUGGUCCUUUUUACUUCUUAUACCUUAA